AUGGUUCCUUUUCUAUUGGACACACCCGAACACACGACCUCCAAUAACAAGAAACAACAACAACAUGUGCUACAAUACGGAAAUACCAAGUCCAGAGUCAUCGUUGCGCCAGUGACGAAAACGAACAUUUCAUUAGAAGGUACAGCAAGCCAAAAACAAUCACAAUGGCAAAAUCACACAGCAUCACAUCAAGAAAAGUCAUGGUCAAACGAGCGAGCAAUUGUUCAUGUGAUUUACACAAGAUUCAUGCAACAUCAACCCAAUCUAGUGGCGCUCGGUCUUGCACGUUUAAAGCUCUUUACGACCUUUUGCUUACCUACGAUUAAAAAGCAAACAAACCAACACUUCUUGUGGAUCAUUCGGACCGAUCCGGAUCUGGACGUGACUCUCAAAGAUGGACUCAUAGGGGCAGUGAGUGAAUUGUCGAAUGUGGUUGUGGUUGGUUCCAAUGAAGUCAGAAAGGGAUCGCUGGAUGGUGGCUUUCGAAGCGAGGACUCGAUUGAAGAUAUAGAUGAAGAUUCGCUUUUCUUUGGGAGUCUGAAGUUGGUUCAAUCCUUCCAUGGAGCCGCCCAGUUGCGCAAUGUCCUGGAAACCAAUGUGGAUGCCGAUGAUGGUCUUGGGCUAAAUUUCGUGGAAUCAGUUCAAAAUAUGACCUAUCACAACUUUCAUGGGAAACAUAAGAAAACUGCAUGGUUCAACAUUUGCGUAGGCAGGCAUCUGGAAUGGCAAUACUAUGCUCCUUGGGACAAUGCCACUGACAAGGGAUCGCUGCAGCUCGGAAGUACACACAUUUGUGUGACAUCAGGUUUGAGUUGGGCCACCAUGAGGAAAGCCGACCCAGAAUUUACAGAAUCGCAUCACUUGAUAAAAAAAGAAACAAAAGACUGCAAGGACGCUAAAAAGUCUCACAUGGGUUGCUGGGCCGAGCUACCUGAAACCGAAUUUAUGGCGAUUCGUGCCCGAACACCAACUUCCACAGGCAUGGCGCGAGUGCUGACAGAUGAAACGUCGUGGACUGAAGAACAGGUGGAUGAAGACAAGGCCCAUUGGAAAACACUUGAUGAGUCGUUUGGAAUAAUGCAAGCAAGCAUUCAGAAAUCUCGUCGGUACUUGACAGAUCACUUGGAGUUGAUUGUGGAAGACAACUUGAAGGGGCAGUGCAUGAAAGACCAUUCGUGUUCUGAAAAUAUUAAAAAGAAGCUGAAGAAGAUUAUAUACAAGGAUACCAUGUGGAAGAACAAAUAUAACGUGGUCCAUGUCAUUCAAACGUCACUUGAUUCAUCAUUGAGCGUGUACGUUUUGGAUCAAUUCGGAUUUGCCUCUUUGGAGGCUCAGACAUCAUACGAGUUCCUGUGGAUCAUUCGGUUGAAGGAGUUGCCCGAAGAUGAACAAGAAGAUAUGGAAAGAUUUCUGACAAGCAACAUAGUUGGCAAGAGCCCGCUGAAUAUUGUUGUCGUCAAAUCUGAUCAAACGUCCACAGUAAACUUUCGCAGUACGCAAGCAAUCGAGGAUAUUACAGAAGAAACGCUUCUCUAUGGAGAUAUUGCAAUGUUGCAAGAUUUUCACAAUGCUGCUCAAAACCGAACACUUUUGGAGACUUCUCUUGAGCCAAGUGAUGCAUUGAGUAAGACGUUUGUGGAGGAGAUUCAUGGCUCUACAGCGAAACAGCUGGAGGAAAGCCAGCUGCUAGAUGAUGCAAAUAGCUGGUAUUACCGAUGCAACUCCCAAUAUAUUGGAUGGGAAUACUUCACCCCGGAGGGUUACGAGUCUGACGCCGGAUUUCUCGGUAUCGCAGGAUCUGUAGACGGGAAAUGUGGCGACAGCCCAGGUGCCACAAGGAUCAGCUUGCCGCGAGCUGAAAUUCCAUAUUCGAGUGAGAUUGGGGGUACUGAGUGCGAAAAACUUGUUGUGCUUCGUAUCCAGAACGGAUGUUAUGUCCCAGUGUUUUCAAACGAAACUUUGGCAGCAAGGGCAAUUGUUCCCGAGUCAGUGGAAAGUCCACAACCCAUACACGUUGGAGUGAACGAUCUGGAGCUGUUGGCAGAAGACGACAGACAUCUGAGAAGUGUAUUGCGGGAUGCAUUCAAUAUUUUCCCUGCUGCAGUUGAGGCUAUGCGAUCGCGCAUCCAGAAAACCCAAUGUAGUGACAGCCAAUCAUGUAAUCCAAAAUGGGAUAGCGAGCAUGGCGUGACUCAUGUGAUACAGACUUCCAUCCAUAACGAAUCUGAAUAUCUCUAUUGGCGGUACUUCUGUAUGUCGUUGGAGGUCCAGACAACGAAAAAAUUCUUAUGGAUAAUUCGAGUCGACCUCAAUUCCCAUUUUGAAGAGAAGCUCUUGGAGACAAUUAACAACAUUCCACUGAAUGUAAUAGCUGCCAAGUCACGCUCAGCCCCAUCUGAAUUCUUCCGACUUCCAGCCGCAAUUGCAGACUUGAACAAUGAGACUCUGAUAUAUGGUGAUCUGACUAUGCUGGAAUAUUUUCACCGGAGCUCUCAGCGUCGCCCACUACUUGAGACAUUUUUGAGUCCAACAGAUAGCUUGUCGAAGCGAUUCAUAUCUGACAUACAGAAGGCUUUUGCUAUGGAGGUGAAAGGUAGAAGUGGAGUCCACGCUGGAGGUGCAUGGUACUACCGAUGCAUUCCAAAGUUUUUUGAUUGGAUUCCCAAUGCAGCUGCAACGACGCCGAAUAGUACUGGAUUUCUAAGAACAAGUCGUGAUGUACAAAAUUGUUUGAGUCGUCCAGGGACAACGAGGAUCAGUACGCCUGGAACUGUAAUUCCAAGUGGUGAUAUAGAUGAUGCACUGAAUAGGCCUUGUGAGGAUGCCGCUGGAUGGCAACCAAGUGGAUGCUAUGCAACUUACAAACCUGGAACAAAGACUGCUCGAGUGCGGACACUAGAGUCAAACCACGACGAAGAAGGUUCCAAAGGCAUAACUGCUGCAACCAAAUCAAUCGAGGAACAAAUACAGGGAUAUGAAUCUUUGAGACUGGAUUUCGGGAUUUACCGAAUGUCAUUGAUGCAGUUGGUGUCAAAAAUGAAGGAAAGGGCGUCACCUGGUGUUCCAAAUGCGUGGGAAAACAAGCGAAAAGUAGUGCAUGUUGUCUACACUCGCUUUCUACAACAACAAGGUACCUUGAUGCAGCUUGGAACUGCUCGCAUGAAGCUGUUUCAGAGUAUUUGUGUUCCAGCAGUGACAGCACAAACAAACAAGCAGUUCUUAUGGAUUGUCCGCACAGACCCAGAACUACUUCCAGAACUGAAGGAGAGUCUGAUCAGCACCCUAACUACAGUUCCCAACGUUCUGCUAGUUGCAUCUGAUAUUGGAGUUGACGGGCACCAUGAUGGCAGCUUCCGCGCAAAUGGCUUAUUGAAUGAAUUCAACAAAUCAUCAGUUCUCCUCGGGGACCUCAAUUUGUUGCGAUCGUAUCAUGAGGCUUCAAAAGAGCACAUGCUUGUGGAGACAAAUUUGGACAGUGACGAUGGCAUUGCACUUACUUUUGUUGAUCAAAUUCAAGCAAAGGUAACUUCUUUAUUUGCAGCUGAUCGGCACGGCAUUGGCUGGGUUCAGCUUUGUAUUGGCAACCACUUGGAAUGGCAUUUCUACUCACCAUGGGAAAAGAAAUCAGACAAAGGAUGUUUACUACGAGGAAAAACAAGGUCGUGCAUCAAAUCUGGGAUGAGUUGGGCAACCCAGCCAAAAUCAAGACCCAGUUUCAUGACCGCUCUUCACAAUCUAAAGGAGUACCUGCCUUCGUGUUCUUUCAAUAGGACAGCGGAUACACUUCUAUUCGAGGGGUGCUGGGAUGAAGCGGAACUAGACGACCCAGAACAUGAUUUUAUGGCACUCCGCACUAUGUCCCCUGUGUCUUCUGGUGUUGCCAGAGGUGAAAUAUCCAAGUUUGACUGGGGUGUUCAAGCGUUGCUGUUUGAGAAAACGGCUUGGUGGCUUCUUGAUCCCUAUUUUUCUGUCCGCUUGGAAUGGAUCAAAGAUGUUCGCAAACAUCUGUAUGACAAUCUUUCGCUAGUUUCAGGAGACAAUGAGCGAAGUAAAUGUACUCAUGAGAAGACUUGCGCUGGGAAAUGGAAGAACACCCACCGUAUUGUCCAUGUCAUCCACACGGAGCUGCAUGAUCCUAAUCUUGCUGAUAUGCUACACCGUGUGAGCUUAUCUUCCUUGACGCGGCAGACAUCAUAUGAAUUUCUUUGGAUCAUUCGAGCGGCAGAUUUUACGGACUAUCGUUUAGUGCUGUCGAUUUUGGAGCCACUCCGUAAAAGUUCAUUCGCAGAAAAUAUCGUGCUUGUGAAAUCAGAGACUGCUCCAGCACUCAACUUUCGAUCGGAUGAUGGAUUCGCCGACAUAACCGAAGAGAGUGUCAUUCAUGGUGACAUCGCAAUUCUGCAAGACUACCAUCAAGCAUGUCAGACAAGGCCGCUGCUAGAAACGUUUCUUCGUCCUUCUGAAGGUUUAAUCAGGACUUUCAUAGACGAUCUUCAGAGUUCCACCGCUGAACUUUUCAAUAAUGCUACCAGAGCUUACGAGGAAGAUGGAUGGUAUUACCAUUGCGUGCCAGAGUAUAUGGAGAGGAGCUACUUUGCACCAAACGGAGAUGAGGCAGAAAACGGAUUCCUCAAAGUACUCCACACAAAAGAAGAGGACUGCAUGGACUCGCCAGGCACCACAAGAAUCAGUCUUCCAAAUAGCGCGAUACAAGGUCCGCUCCCAAAGAAAGACAGAAAACUCUGCCAAGGAAACAUUGACACUUUUCGCCGUGGCUGCUUCAUUGAAAUGGAGUCGGCGAAAACACCAGCGCUGAGAAUUCGUCUGCCAGUAAAGGGCGAGAAGCAAGAUGGAAGUGUGAAUGAGAAUAAGCAAGAUGUCUUCGCCAAUCAGCGCCGUUUCGCCUUGCAGUUGCGAUUGCUCUACAGUGUUUUCCCACCGACUCUUCAAGAAAUGCAGUCAAUUAUGAAUGAGAAUGACCGACAGAUUGUCCACAUCAUCCAUACAGCUUUGCGAGACGAAGCAGAAAUCAACACCUGGCGUCAUUUCUGCGUCGAAAGCAUAUUUUCACAAAACGACGAAAACGUCACACAAAGCAACGAAAGCUUCUUCUGGAUCAUUCGCACCGACUUCAACGACUCCAUGUUGAUCAAAGGCAUUUCGAAUCCCUUGAGGUACAAUUACCAUCAACCGCGAAAUGUAAUCUUGGUGAGGUCGAAUUUUACUCCAUCAGCAGUGGAUUUUCGAUCAAGCGAUUCAAUUACAGAUAUUACGAAGGAUACGGUUGUGCGUGGCUCCUUGGAAGAACUCAAGAAUGUUCACUUGGCAUCUCAAGGGCGAACUGUGAUUGAAACAUUCUUGCAACCGACAGAGAAUAUGGCGAAGAUAUUCGUGGAGCACAUUCAACGUCUUGUUCAAGUCAAGACGACACGUGACCAAAUGAUGGGAAUCAAGGUUGCAAAGGACCACGGAAAGGAGCAGGCUGAUGCGUGGUACUUCUAUUGUGUUCCACAUUUCAUCCAAUGGUCUUACUUUGGACCACACGACAAGAAAUUCCGAAGGGGGGUGUUGAGACGAAUUGCACCUGACGAAACCUUGUGCAUGAAGAACCCAGCCCUUACAAGAGUCAGCUUUCCUGGAUCUCGUGUACAUACAAUUUCUGAUUUAUCCGAGCUGAAGCCAUGUUCAUUGGUGCAGAAGAAUGGUUGCUAUUCUCAUAUUGAUGAAAGUGUGACUCUUGCAUCUCGAGCUAUACUGCCGACAUCUGCCGAUCAGGCAAGCGCUGAAUGGACGGAUGAUGAGAUUUCAAAUUUGGAAAAACAAAACAGUGCGCUGUCGACUCUGUUGAGUAAGGAUUUCAACAUUUCUCCCUUCCCUCUAGAAACGAUGACAAUUCAAAUGGAGAAAUCAUACUGCGGAGAUAGUGGCACUUGCCAUGCUCAAUAUGACUCAGAGUAUGGUAUGGUUCAUAUUGUGCAAACAUCGGUACAAGACCUUAAAAUGUUUCAAGUUUGGCGGCGUUUCUGCUUUGCAUUGGAAUCUCAGACCACAACCAAAUUUUUGUGGAUCUUGCGGGUGGGAUCGGAUGAAGGGCUCAUCAAAGAAGUCAAAAAACCAAUAAGAAAAACACCUCUGAACAUCAUAGUGGCAAGGUCAAACUACACUUUGGCUCUUCCGUUUCAACAUGAAAAUGCUCUGCAGGAUCUGACUGACGAUUCUAUCAUUCAAGGCGACAAGGAGCUCCUCGAGUAUUUUCACAAUAGCGCUAAAAAGCGGCCGGUUCUUGAAACGUUUCUCUCUCCUACUGAUGCACUGGACAAAUCGUUUGUAUUGCGGCUUCAAAACACGACAGCCGAACAGCUCAAGACAUUUCACCUCGAACAAGACAGCUGGUAUUAUCAAUGCGUCCCCAGCUACAUCGAAUGGACAUAUCAUUCCUCGAACGAAGCAUCAGACUCAGAAAUUGGAACGCUUCAAGUUACCCCAAAUGAUGAGAAGCGAUGUGUCAGUCACCCCGGCACAUCAAGGGUAAGUGUACCGGGUGCAACGAUUCCUGACGGUGUGCUGAAUGAUUCUGGCCUGUGCACAGCCCCUGCAAACAUGAAGAAAGGAUGCGCACUUCCCAUCAGAAGUCAUAGCCCAAUAGCUGCUAGAGUCGUCAUUCCGAGCAGCCUUGAUGUACCGCCGCCAAAAAGCAGCCUGCAACAAAAAGUGAUCGACAAACAGCAGGACUCACUGGUAACGAUGAUGAAAACUGAUUUCGGCAUACCUCCACAGUUCUUGAAGCAAAUGAGAAUCAAACUGAAGCCAAUGAUUAAAUGA